AUGAAGGGCAUUUCCCCACCGCCAGCAAGACCUCGAGAACGACAACCAUCGCCCUCAAGACGACCACCAUCUGAACCUCGUAUUGAUCCACGAACUAAUCGACCACCUCCACCACAAGCUCUUCAACCUUCCCCUGCAGAACACCCCAAACCUCGUCACUACAUCCCAAACCCCUCAUCCUUUCCUUCCCUACAACCUCCAGUUCCCAAACCCCUUCCAACCCCCCCGACCCCUAAGGUUAUUCCCUCAACCCCUCAGUCAAUUCCCCCAACCCCUCAGGAUACUCCCCCAGCCUUCGCAUCGCCGACGACGUCGACUCCUGCUCGUGUUGAAGCAGGAACUCAGACAGAAGAAGAAGCUUACCCGAUCGAAGAAAUGGAAAUCCAGACACCUGCUGUAGCUCCAUUUUGCACAAGGAAAUGGGAACACAAACGGAGGAGUUCCCAGUUAAAAAAGACAUGGAUGUCCAGACCGGCAAAGCAAAACUCAAAUCCGUCGCCUCUGGAAGUGAAUUCCGCUUCGUAG